AUACGUGGCGCGUACAUGCCAGCAUCCAUUUAAAAUAAUAUAACCCACCCGACUCAGGAAAUUUGCAGAUGUUCAUCUUCUUCCUUGAACCAAAUUACUUAAAAUCUCGGCUAUGAAUCAGAUUUAAAAUUUGGUUGAAUUUCAGCUGCCAGCGGAAGGAAGAACAUGAAGAUGUGCAAAAUUUUCAGAAUUUAGUGGGUCCGCCUCUGAGUAGAACUACUAUGGCUGCCAGCGAUAAUCGUCGGGCAUUCCCUGACGAUUUAGCAAUGGAGAUUCUGGUGAGAUUGCCUGUGAAAUCGUUGUUGCGAUUCAAAUGCGCAUGCAAGAACUGGUAUGCUCUUAUCAAGAGUCCUAGCUUCAUUCAACAACACUUGAAUUGUAGCAAGAAUAAAGUCCUGAUUUAUGAUUAUGGUGCACCUGAUGAUGAUGAUGAUUCCCCUCCCAUUUCCCUGAUUAUUUUGGAUGAUCAAAAUCAAGAAAAUAAUCCUCAGAGGUUUAGAGGUAUGGCGAAACUCUUAGGUUCUGUGGAUGGCUUGUUUUAUUUGGAGUGCGAAUUCGAUCGUAAACUAGUCUCGUGUGCAUUGUGGAAUCCUGCCACCAGGGAGGUGAGACCCCUCCCUCUCCCUGCACCCGAAACCGAUGAUUCUAAUUUCUAUGGCGAACGUAACUUUGGGUUCGGAUUAGACCCCUUGACUAAUGACUAUAAGGUGGUUCACUUCUGCCCCUCAGAUUUUGCUGCAGCCGUCUAUUCCUGUUCCAGGGACUCAUGGAGAAUUUUCAGGCCUAAAGAAUUCUACUUAUUAAAAAUUAAAGACGUUGCGGAUCGCAUAUAUGGUAAUGCUUAUCUGAAUGGAGCUUAUUACUGGCUCCUAACAGGUUACCAUAACUGCAACAUUCUUUCAUUUGACUUUGGGAGUGAGGUGUUUGAAGAGAUUGGAGGGCCAGAUGAUCACUCUGUUCAUUAUUAUGCGAUGGCUCUGAUGUUGCUUGAUGAUUCCAUAGCCAUCUUGAACAUGGUUGAAAGAUUUGAUUUUGAUAUAUGGAUAAUGAUCCAACCAGGGGUUUGGAACAAACUACUUACCUUUCAAUGCUGCACAAAGAUUAAGUCUUGCUUUGAUAGCUCUCUCAUUUUGGUAACUAGAGCUUUUCGACUGGUCUCCUAUAAUGUUCUGACAAAGAAGACGAGGCAUCUUGGAUUUCGUCAUUUGGGCCUGAAGAAAUUCACAGUAUUUGGUGGCUGUGGGGUAUAUUGUUAUAAGGAGAGCUUAGUAGCAAUUAAACGUGGAGAGGUCGGCCAUUAAUUUCCUGACAUAUUUGACUGAUUCCUCCAUUGAGCUUUCGAACAAGUGCAUCAGAUGAUAUGCGGUACACCCACUCCGUCGAGCUUACAAGCAUGUUCACUUAAUCUUUUAUCAUUUACAUACUUCUGAUUGCUGUCAUAAAGUGUGUGGUAUUGUGCUUAGAAGAUUACUUGAGCAGAUGAUAUGUUAGCACAUUCUCUGAUCCGGAAUCAGGUUGUCAAUGAGUCUGCUUUGAGGAAGGCUUUACGUCUUUGUUGCCGCAUUCAUAUUAAAGCUCAAGGCAUGGUAGAUCACGAAUCAAGCAGGCAGACACUAGCUCCACAAAGACUAAGUUUAUGGUUUUCAUUGGUCUACCACCUUACUGAUACUUCUUCCUGGCUGUUUUGACCUUAUGCUAGUUCUUCCAUUUUUGUAUUAAACGAUGAAUAAUGAUGAUUUGUUCUACAAAUGCUAUACUUGAAAGGAUGAAUUUUGUACUUGAAAAGACAAGAAACAUAGUCGUUAAUUUUGCAACUAAUUGCAGUUUAUUCAGAGGGUGAGUUGAAUGGUUGAUCAAAUGA